GGCCGAUAGAUCGACGUAGGUGCAAAGUUUGUUUAUGUUUUUGGUAACAAUUCCAAAAUUGCGUUAUUUGUUUUGUUGUGUGUUCUUUGAUUUUCAAUUCUUUGUAUGGACUUUAUUUAAUAGGUUCUGUUGUGGGAGAUCGUUCCAUUAUUAAUGAGUAAUUGUAGAUUAUGGAUAACGUAGAGGAGAUAGAAGAUUUCCACGGUGUAUAUUUAUUAGUGAGCAAAAGCACCAUUCCUAAGUUUGCCGGCCGUACGUACAUUGGCUAUACUGUCGAUCCGAACCGGCGAAUAAAACAACAUAACAGCGGUGAGGAUGGUGGUGGUGCGCGUCGAACGUCCAACCGGGGCCCAUGGACGAUGGUCUUGAUCGUACACGGAUUCCCGAACAACAUAUCAGCUCUACGGUUUGAAUGGGCCUGGCAACAGCCUCGCGUUUCCAGAAGGCUUAAACAAAUUCCAGAACUACAGAAAAAGCUUCGCAAGGAAUCUAACUUCGAAUACAACUUUCGCAUACUUACGGAAAUGCUGAGAAUUGGGCCAUGGAACCGAUUGCCGCUGGUAAUCCGCUGGCUUGCAAAUGAAUUCCAUCGGGAAUUUGAAGUAGGAAAAAAGCCCCCCCUACAUAUGCCCAUCUGUUUCGGACGAAUAAAGAAGGUCAAGCGCAAGAAGAAGCCAAAAACGACCGGCGAAAGAACGACGCAAUCACAAACAACCAGCAAACCCGUGACGAAUCAGGCGAAGAAUAGUAAAAUAGCGAUCAAUUACGAGUUCGAUGAGUACGAUCUGCUUGUGAUGGGUGGUGAGAAAAUCGGUGAUGAGCUAACGCAAACGAGGAAGCCACUUAUUCCAGCGACAGUAGUAACCGAUGGGAGUGUUGUGAUUAGUUCCGACUCCGAGGAAAGCGACAAAGAUAUUGUGCAAAACGUCUCACAAUCGACCACGAAAGUUUGUACAAUAUGUAGCGGGACGAUGGAUUUGGAGGAAAUGGAACGGGAGGGUGAUAUAAUGUUACGAUGCUUACAACCACGUUGCCCGCUAGUUAGUCAUCUCGAAUGUUUGGCCGAGUUAGCGCUAGAACCAGGUCAGUACGUUCCCGUCGAGGGCGAUUGUCCCGUGUGUGAGGGACACUUUCUGUGGGGUGAUAUAAUACGCAAAGCCAAUGGUUGUAGCGAUUUGGUUGAUGAUGUGGAAAACGUUAACCCACUGGAGCUCGACGAUAUAUCGGAUGAGGAGGUGUAAUAUAGAUAGCUAGGAAUGCAGAUGGGUCACAUGGCUUUAAGUCAAUCGAAAGAAAAAAUGGUAAAAGGCAAGCAGCAAACGGAACAUUAAUUAUUAACAAUGCUGUUGUAUUGUUUAUGUGCAA